UUCGGAAACGGGGUCGGAGUGAGAGCUCUUCUCGGGAGCGCGCCUCUGUGCUGGCGUGCGCGCACGCGGGCUUCGCUGGAAGCUUCCCCCUCUGUGAUUGUUGUGGCUCCUCGUCACCGGGAAGAAAGUUGCUGUUCGCACUCGGUCCGUUUACUUUGCCCCCGAAACUAAAGAGCUAUGGCGGAUUCCCAAGAGGACAAGCUGUACCGGGCGGAGUACGCCAAAAGCGGCCGCGCGUCGUGCAAGAAAUGCAAAGAAAACAUCGCGAAAGACUCGCUAAGGAUGGCCAUCAUGGUGCAGUCGCCCAUGUUUGAUGGGAAGGUCCCCCACUGGCACCACUUCUCCUGCUUCUGGCACCGAGCAUCAGCGCAGGCCACGGCCGACAUCGCUGGGUUUUCUGAUCUCCGCUGGGAGGACCAGGAGAAGGUCAAAAAGGCUAUCGAAAGCGGUGGAGCUGUAGGAUCAGGAAAAGGCGAGCCGAAAAGCGCUGCUAAAGCAGAGAAGACUCUGACUGACUUUGCGGUGGAAUACGCCAAAUCGAACCGCAGCACAUGCAAGGGCUGCGAGCAGAAAAUAGAGAAGGUUUGUUGUUCAAUUUCCAAAUUGGGGCGCGGCCGCUAUGCCGUCGGCGUUUACAUUGCCUGUGCAAUCUUCUGGCUUCUCAACCAGGAUCAGAUUCGCGUCUCUAAGAAAACGGUGGACGCCGAGAAGCCGCAGCUGGGCCUGAUCGACCGCUGGUACCACACGGCGUGCUUCGUGAGCCGCAGAGAGGAGCUGCUCUUCAAGCCCGAAUACAGCGCGGCGCAGCUCAAGGGCUUCAACGCCCUGCGAGCUGAAGACAAGGAGGAGCUGAAGAAGAGGCUCCCUGCUGUCAAAUCAGAAGGAAAGCGAAAAGCUGACGAGGUGGAUGGGGCAUCUAAGAAGCAGAAAAAAGAGGAGGAGGCUGAGAAGAAAAAGCUUGAAGAGCAGUUAAAGAAUCAAAGCCAGCUGAUUUGGGGAAUCAAGGACAAGCUAAAGAAAAAUUGUUCAACCAAUGACAUGAAGGAGCUGCUGAUCGCUAACAACCAGGAGGUUCCCUCUGGAGAGUCCAACGUGCUUGACAGCCUGGCUGACGGAAUGGCCUUUGGUGCUCUUGAGUCCUGUAAAGAGUGCAAAGGCCAGCUGGUGUUUAAGGGGGAUGCUUAUUACUGUAAAGGGGAUAUCUCAGCCUGGACAAAGUGUGUUGUCAAAACCACAACACCUGCACGCAAGGACUGGGUCAUCCCCAAGGAAUUCCACGAAGUACCGUUUCUAAAAAAAUUCAAGUUCAAGAGGCAGGACAGGGUCUACCCUAAGGAGGCUCCCGCCCAAACCCCAACAGCAGUCAAAGCCGAACCUCUGGCAAGUGCUUCUAUUGCCCCGACUGAGCAGCUGCCAGAGACUGCUCCUUCAGACAAACCUUUGACUGGUAUGAAGCUGCUGGCUGUUGGCAAGCUGACCAAGAACAAAGACGAUCUCAAGGCUGCUGUGGAAGAGCUGGGUGGAAAUAUAACCGGCACAGCCAAUAAGGCCUCACUCUGCCUCAGCACUAAGAAGGAGGUGGAGAAGAUGAGUAAGAAGAUGGAGGAUGUGAGGGAAGCCGGUGUCCGUGUGGUCUCCGAGGAUUUCCUCACAGACAUCAAGUCAUCUGGCAAAGCUCUUCAGGAACUGGUCUCGCUACAUGCCAUCUCACCCUGGGGCGCAGAGGUUAAAGUGGAAGCUCAGGCUCCGUCUGUGGCCUCCAAGUCUGGAGCUCUACCGACCAAAAGCACCGGCAAGGUCAAGGAAGAGGAAGGCGGUAGCAAAGCCAAGAAGAUGAAGCUGACGGUCAAAGGCGGAGCUGCGGUGGACCCAGACUCAGGCCUGGAGAACAGUGCCCAUGUCCUGGAGCAGAGUGGGAAGAUGUACAGUGCCACUCUGGGUCUUGUGGACAUUGUGAGAGGAACAAACUCGUACUAUAAGCUGCAGCUGCUGGAGGACGACGUGCAGAAACGCUAUUGGGUGUUCAGGUCAUGGGGAAGGGUGGGAACCACCAUUGGAGGCAACAAGCUGGAUAAAUUCCACGACAAGAACUCAGCCCUGGAUAGUUUCCUGAGUGUCUACAAGGAGAAGACAGGAAAUGACUGGAGCUCCUCUAACUUCACUAAAUACCCAAACAAGUUCUACCCGCUAGAGAUCGACUAUGGACAGGAUGAGGAGGCAGUGAAGAGGCUGACAGCCUCAGCUGGCACCAAGUCGAAGCUGGCCAGACCCGUCCAGGAACUGAUCAAGAUGAUCUUUGAUGUAGAGAGCAUGAAGAAGGCCAUGGUCGAGUUUGAGAUUGACCUUCAGAAGAUGCCUCUUGGCAAGCUGAGUAAAAGGCAAAUCCAGAGUGCGUACGCCCUGCUCACCGAGGUUCAGCAGGCUGUGUCCGAAAGCGUGCCUGAAGCGCAGAUACUAGAUCUCUCCAAUCGCUUCUACACCCUUAUACCUCAUGACUUCGGCAUGAAGAAACCUCCUCUACUCAACAGUCUGGAUUACAUUCAAGCUAAAGUUCAGAUGUUAGACAACCUGCUGGACAUCGAAGUGGCGUACAGCUUGCUGAGAGGAGGAGCUCAGGACAAUGAGAACGAUCCCAUCGACAUCAACUAUGAGAAACUCAAAACUAAGAUUGAGGUUGUUGACAAGAGCACUCCGGAGGCUGAGGUCAUUCUGCAGUACGUUAAGAACACCCACGCUGCUACACACAACACGUACACACUGGAAGUGGAAGAAAUCUUCAAAAUUGUCCGAGAGGGAGAGCACCAACGGUACCGCCCCUUCGAGGAGCUUCACAAUCGGCAGUUGUUGUGGCACGGCUCCCGCACCACCAACUAUGCUGGAAUUCUGUCUCAGGGUCUUCGUAUUGCACCUCCAGAGGCUCCAGUGACUGGUUACAUGUUCGGCAAAGGUGUUUACUUUGCUGAUAUGGUCUCCAAGAGUGCCAACUACUGUCACACCUCCCAGUCAGACCCUGUAGGUCUGUUACUGCUGGCAGAGGUUGCUCUUGGCAACAUGCAUGAGCUGAAAAAGGCCUCGCACAUAACAAAAUUACCAAAAGGCAAACACAGUGUUAAAGGUUUGGGUCGAACCGCCCCUGAACCAAGUGCUACCGCCACUCUGAAUGGGGUGCAAGUGCCUCUGGGAAAAGGAGCCCACACCAACAUUGAUGACACGAGUCUGCUGUACAACGAGUACAUUGUGUAUGAUGUAUCACAGAUAAACAUGAAGUAUCUCUUGAAGAUCAAGUUUGACUACAAGACAUCCCUGUGGUGAAAGCCGUUGCACCGCAGCCCGUUACAGAAGAAAAAGGAAGAAGACCGUUGUUGCCUCCAAAUGGCUGGGCAUGAUUCUCUGCAGCAAGAUGUGAACAAGGGUGAUGCUGCACUGCGUUUUACGUUGGUCAUUUGAAAUGUUUUGUCACUUUACUGCUGUUUGAUCAGGUCCAUUAGCAGGCAGACUUUAGUAGUAAUGCUUCAUUCUUUAAAAAGUAUCUCAUUGAUAGGGCAAAUUACUGCUUAAGAGCUGACUUAAGAGCAGCCAAUCUACAAAGAUACAUGUACUACUCCAUAGAUUUGAUUAGGGUACCUUCAGGAUAUAUCCACUAAAAUACCUGUUUGUUUUAGACUGUUGGGUAUGAAAAUACUGUUCAAGGUGUGACAUGUAAAUAUUUGUGUUUUUUUUCUGUUUGUGUCUCAAGAUGUCUUCCUCACUGAAAUUCCAGGAAAAAAACUGCCAUGCCAUUUCUUUUGUUCUCUUUUCUUAGUCUUUUAUUUUUGGAUUAUCUCAAACGCAAUAAAACAAAGGGGCAUACUGAUUAUUUUGUCAUUUUGAUUUCUUGCUCUACAUGUUUUGUCCACACCAAUGGUUUUCAUUUUGCAUUGCAAAUUUGCUCCUCUAAGUAAUACGCUUUAUU